GAUUAGAGAGGAGAAGACGGCAUUGCGUUCUUCUACUUCCUGACUAGGAGGGUUUUUGUAAACGAAGUUUCCUUCUUUAUACGCACUGUUUCUCCCUCAUCAAUCAAUGGCGACCCAGGCAGACACCAAGGCGGACAAAGUGCAGGAUUUCUUUCGCGACCUUGAGAACAAAAGGACCGUUUUAUCAACGUGCACGCAGCUAUUCACUGCGCUAUCUAACCACUUCGCUUCCCUCCAAGACUCCCUCUCUCAGAGAUCCCUAUCAAUCGAAUCCAAACUCCAGUCCCUGGAAUCCAAUGCCAAACAAACCCUUGAGUCCCUCUAUCUCCGCGAGAGCUCUAUUCCCGAGCGCGAGUCUGCCGCCAUCGCUCGCAUCGAAGAGCAGAAGGAAGUGGCUUUGUCUGAAUUCCAGAACUCUGAUAAGUCUGAUGAUUGGCGGGAUUCCUUGAGAUCGUUUUGCCGGAAAAUGGACUCCUCAGGGUUGGUGAAAUUCAUUAUCGCCAAACGAAAGGAAUCGGUCUGUUUAAGGGCCGACAUCGCUCCCGCAAUAUCGGAAGCUGUGGACGCGCCUAAGCUGGUUUUCGAUGCGUUGGAGGAAUUUCUUGAGCAGAAGAGGGGGAAAGCGGGGGUUACUAAUAGGCGGUGGGCGUGUACGAUGCUGGUGCAGGCGCUUUUUACGGAUGUGAAUUUGCAGUCGGACACCAAAAAGGCGUCGGACUUCUCGAGGAGCGUAGUGGAGAGGGCGCAGAAGAUAUUGAAUCAAUGGAAGGACAUGGAUGUGGAGGAAGGAGGUAAUGGCGGGGUCUCUGGGCCAGGUGAGGCGGUUAUGUUCUUGCAGAUGGUGGUGGGUUUCGGGCUGAAGUCGCGUUUCGAUGAGGAUUUCUUCAGGAAGCUCGUGGUGGAGCACUCCACGAGAAGGGACAUGGCUAAGCUCUUUAUGGCUUUAGGACUUGGGGAGACUAAAGAUCUUAUUGAGGAAUUGGUGAAGAAUGGGAAAGAGAUAGAAGCCGUGUAUUUUGCUUCGGAAUCCGGUUUGACAGAAAAAUUUUCCCCCGUUUCUCUUCUUAAGUCCUAUCUGCGUAACUCCAGAAAGAAUGCAACCUCUAUGUCGAAGAAUGGCAACUAUGGUGCAGCUGCAAUGGAAGUGGAAUUGAAUUCUAUUAGAGCCAUCAUCAAAUGUGUGGAAGACCACAAGAUUGAAUCAGAAUUUUCCCUUGAAAGCUUAAGGAAGCGGGUUGGUCAGCUUGAGAAAAUGAAGGCAGAGAAGAAAAGGAGCUCUCAAGCUCCUGCUAGACCUCAAAAUAAGCGAAGCCAUAGUGCUAGCGGAGGGCGGGGCAGUGGAACACCUGGCUACCGUCCACCUAAAGCUGCCAAAUAUCCAAAUGCUCAUCUCUCCUUCAGCCGGAGGAACCCUGCCCCUCCUGCACAGCAUAGCCCAGCUGCGAGGUAUUCUGGUCCAUACGCCUACCCUAGCCAGAGUAUGUACGAGGCACCUAGCCAGAGUAUGUAUGAAGCACCUAGCCAGAGUAUGUACGAAGCACCUACUGUAAACCCUUAUGCGUCAAGCUAUGGGGUACCCCACAAUCAAAGUCCUGCUGCAAUUCCUCAGCAACACUUCUCACUCCCCGUGGACAAUGUGGGUGAUGCUGGUUAUCAUGCCAGUGUUUCUUAUGGAAACCAGACAAGCUAUGGUGCAUAUGAGUAUGGGUCAGCUGCUCAACCUGCUUACCAACCUUCAUCGUAUGAGUAUCAGCAACAGUAAAGGAAAGAGUAGCCAAUUUGAAUAGGGAUUCUGUUUUGUAAUCUUCAGCAGUAUAUGAUUUGGAUUUUCUUUGUAUCUUAGUCCAUCUGCCUUCGUCAAAAAAAUCUAGUUUAAAAAUGAAUUGGAAGAUUCAACAUACGGCUUUUCCAUUGGCAUGCUCUGGACUUCUAUAUUGUCCAUUUGCGUUGGUGGUAUGUUAUUCUUGUUAACCAA